CACUGUGCGGCUUCAUCAGGCUCUGGGGGCGCGUCUGCAAAGUGGAAAGCGGGUUCAAUUUCAAACCCAAACAGUCCGAGGGACGAGCCAGUAGAUUGUGGGAUUACGCUAAAACCAAGUAGUUACAGCGUCUAACCGUUUAAUUUGUACCGUUAUUGAAACUUAAACCAGUGCUGUGUCGUUUCACCGGCCGUGGUUACAAUCCACACAAUCCGCGGAGGGGAAAAAAAAAAGUCGCCCGCCGCGUCUUCGCUCCAGUUUUCCGCCUGGUUAAUGUGGAUGAAUAACUGACGCUUGGCUUGUUUGCAGCAGGUGUUGAACAAACCUAUAACUUGUCACAUUGGACCUACUACUGCGUUUUAAUUCAUAUAUCCGACAUAGGAAGCCAUUUCUGCAAGAAUCAUGCCGAGGACCAACAGGCAAAGAGAAUACAAACCUGGAGAUCUUGUAUUUGCUAAAAUGAAGGGCUAUCCACACUGGCCUGCCAGGAUUGACGAGUUACCUGAUGGAGCCGUGAAGUCCCCCUCAAACAAGUACCAGGUGUUCUUUUUUGGGACGCAUGAGACGGCAAACCUGGGGGCCAAGGAUUUGUUCCCAUACGAUGAAAAUAAGGAGAAGUAUGGAAAAGCAAACAAGAGGAAAGGCUUCGCUGAGGGACUCUGGGAGAUAGAGAACAACCCCACUGUCACGCAUGAAGGCUACGAGUCAUCGAAGAAGGACAACGCGUCAGAAGGAGCAGGGGAUACAGGCAGCUCGGAGAAAGCCGAUGCCGAGGGCAGCAGCGAUGAGGAUGAAGGGGCCCUGGUGAUCGACGAGAAGAACGAGAGGGGAGGAACUAAACGAAAAGCAGAGGAGUCCACAGAUGCAUCACCCAAGCGGCCGAAGGAUACAGAGGCAGAAGGAGAUCCUAAAGUAGACGGCAACAAGUCUAACGCAGAGGCCAAGCUCAACGAUGUGGCUGCACCCAAGGCUAAUGCUCCCUCCUCACAGAGUGAGUCGAAAGCAGAGGCCCAGGAAAACGCUCCAGCAGGAGGCCAGCUAACAGCAGUGAAGCCUGUGACAGACAGCGCUUAACGUCAACUCUCAGAAGAAAACCAAGAACCUUUGACGCUUUUCUCUGGAAUACAAGCAUCAACAUGAUUACUCGCAGGAUGCCAGAUUUCAGCUGUUUAAUUAAUAGGAGAAUUAAAAAAAAAAAACAACCCAAGUGUUUGUAUUGAGAGACAAACAAAUCUUCAUUUGCCAUUUUUGGGAUAUCAUAUAUCCCAGAAAAACAAAAAAAGUUUCCUAAUCUGAUUUCAAACAAUUGAACUGAGCACUUUAUGGCUCAUUUAUAAAUGGGAUUUUGGUGUGUAUAUAUUUUUUAUUUCUAAGUGCAAUUACAUAAUUACAAAGACUGAAUGCUAGGUGUCAAAAACAUUUUUUCAGUUUAGAGGGAAUAAACACUGAAUAUAUCAUAAAUUAAAAAAUGAUUUAAACCAGAAAAAGAAAAGAUAAAAUACUCCCAUUUGAUGGUUUUAAAACAGAUAUUGUACAGGAAUAAGAACAAAUUUUCACUCAUGCUCUCAGCGUUAGUUCAUAAAAUUAAAUGUUUUACUUCCAUUUGUUCCACCUAGCUUAUCAGCCUCAUCUUAAAUCAUAUAUUCAGUCAUUGGAUACAUGAUAAGUUGCACUUUCUGGAUUUUUUUUUUUCCUGCCCCAUUAAUCAUUGUCUAGUUCACUGUAUCAUGUUUUUAUGCAACACAGGUUUUGUUGCUUUGGUGUAGUGAAUGCUUCAUUGCAGGUGACCAAAUUGUGUAAAUUAAUUUCACCAGAUUUGAAAAUGUAAAGCCCAUUUAAAGAAGAGAUAUUGUAGGAUGAAACACUCUGCUAAACCCCUCUGUAACUUUCUUUAGCUGGUUGAUUGUUGAAAGCAGAAAGACAUUCCUGAAUGUUGUUGUGUCAGAGCUUGGUCGGUCUAGAAACCUAGGAGGUGGAGCUCUGUAGCAUUUGUGUGUGGUGGGGUAAAAAAAUGUUUUCGUUUUGUUUUGGCACCUUUUUUUUUUUUGGAGAAAUUAUCUGUCAAACUCUUUCAAAUCCAUCAACUCAACUCUCAAAUUUCAUGUUAUUACAAACUCAUAAGCGCACAUUUAUGCUGCCAUUGCUUGAUACUGGAGAUGUAAUUGGGAAGAAACACUUAAUUGCAUUCAGUAGUUGGUUGUACCAAAUAUGUUUAUUUUUCAAACGCAUUGCUGACAUUCUUAAUGCCAACAUUAUCUACACAAAGUGAUUGUUGAAGGAAAUUAAAGUAAGAAGAAUCUACAGAGUGAA